ACGAGGAGGAGAUGAAGAGCUGACAGGAUGAGCGAGAGCUGGUUGACCCCGCCCCCUCCCCCAGGCAACCACAGCGCCUUGGCGAUGGUGGAUUCACUGUUGGCCAACCGGUCAUCAGUGUGCAGUUUCCAUGACGACAACACCUUCAAGUACCGCGCCUACACCAUCAGCUACCUGCUGCUGUUUCCUGUGGCGUUGCUUAGCAACAUCGGAGCGCUGGUCGUCUUCCUGCUGCGCAGCAACAGGAGAAGCUCCGCCUCCUGCGUCGUCAUGGUGAACCUGGCCCUAUCAGACGCCAGCUUCUCCCUCACCCUCCCGCUGCGAUUGGUUUAUUACUUCAAGGGCGGAGUCUGGCUCUUCCCUGAUUGGCUGUGCCGCCUGUGUGUGUACUGCUUCUAUGUUAACCUGUACACAAGCAUCCUCUUCCUCACUCUACUGAGCGUGCUCCGCUGGCUCGCCGUCAUCAAGCCGCUCCGCCACCGCACGCUGGCCACGCCCACUCGCUUCUCAUUGGUCUGCCUGGGCAUCUGGCUGUUUGUGGGCGGGGCCUCCGUCCCCUUCCUGUUCGAUGGGGUCAGACAGAGGGCGGGGCUUCCUCGGUGCUUCGAGCCCUCUAGCCCCUCCUCCUGGGAGCAGGUGCUCAUCCUGAACUACGUGGGCGUGGCCCUCGGCUUCCUCCUCCCCUUCCUCACCAUCAUCUGUUGCUAUGGCAGCAUCAUCCGCCACCUGACGACCCACACCACCGUCCACGACGCCGGCGGGGCCCCGGGCGCCAGGCGGCGCCGCAACAGGCGGCGCUCGGUGCACCUGGUCACCCUGGUGACAGCCACCUUCCUCCUGUGCUUCCUGCCCUAUCACGUGAUCCGCACGCUGCACCUGCACGCGGUGUGCGGCCGGUGGCGCUGCGUCGUCACGGUGACGCUGCAGCGCGCGGUGGCGGUGACGCUGUGCCUGGCGGCGGCCAACAGCGUGGUGAACCCGCUGCUCUACUACUACUGCACCCGCACCUUCAGGGAGCGGCUCCGGGACGCACACUCCUCCCUCCUGUCCAGCAGGGGGAGCCGCAGCAGCUCCUGGACACAGCUCACCUGGACCCGCAGGAGGAGGUGCAGCACCUGCUGAGCUGUUAAGCUAACGACAACAUUAUAAGCUGUUAGUUUCAAGGAUUGUAUUGUUGCAGUCCUUAACAAAAAACAAGAUCUACUGUGGUUGUAAUUAUUGUAUUUAAUUAUUAAUAUUCUGA